AUGUUUUCUGACGACGCCCGCGAAUGGACACUUCAUGUGAAUGCGGCUGUGGACGGCGGGGUGAUCUGCACAGUGAAAGCCUUGCCGUCAGACACAGUGAUCUCCGUGCACCAGAAAGUCGUUGCCAAGCUGGGCUAUGUUUCUCGAUUUCGUUUGCUUGCUGGCUGCUGUAUCCUCACUGGAGGGACGACUCUUGAAGCAGCCGGCCUUUGUGACAACUGCUCGCUGCAGCUGAUUUGGCUACCCUCAGAUGUGCUUGCUACAGCUUCCACCGACACUACGGCCGCUUUCUGGAGCAUGGAGUCAG